AGGUGGCCUCCGCCCCGGCCGCUCCGCCCACGCCCCCCGUGCCUCCGCUCCCGCCUCCGCCCGCCCUGCGCCUCCCUUCCCCCUCCCCGCCCCGCGGCGGCCACUCAGCCCGGCUCGCGCUUCGAAGAUGGCGGCGCUGAGUGGCGGCGGUGGCAGCAGCAGCGGUGGCGGUGGCGGCGGCGGCGGCGGCGGCGGCGGCGGCGCCGAGCAGGGACAGGCUCUGUUCAAUGGCGACAUGGAGCCGGAGGCCGGCGCUGGCGCCGCGGCCUCUUCGGCCUCGGACCCGGCCAUUCCUGAAGAGGUGUGGAAUAUCAAGCAAAUGAUUAAGUUGACACAGGAACAUAUAGAGGCCCUAUUGGACAAGUUUGGUGGGGAGCAUAACCCACCGUCAAUAUACCUGGAGGCCUAUGAAGAGUACACCAGCAAGCUAGAUGCCCUUCAGCAGAGAGAGCAGCAGCUGUUGGAAUCCCUGGGUAAUGGAGCAGACUUUUCUGUUUCUAGCUCUGCAUCAAUGGACACCGUUACAUCUUCCUCCUCUUCUAGCCUUUCAGUGCUACCGUCAUCUCUUUCAGUUUUUCAAACUCCCACAGAUGUAUCACGGAACAACCCCAAGUCACCACAGAAACCUAUCGUUCGAGUCUUCCUGCCCAACAAACAGAGGACAGUGGUGCCCGCAAGAUGUGGUGUUACAGUCCGAGACAGUCUAAAGAAAGCCCUGAUGAUGAGGGGUCUCAUCCCAGAGUGCUGUGCUGUUUACAGAGUUCAGGACGGAGAGAAGAAACCAAUUGGCUGGGACACUGAUAUUUCCUGGCUUACUGGAGAGGAGUUACAUGUUGAAGUACUAGAGAAUGUUCCACUUACAACCCACAACUUUGUACGGAAAACUUUUUUCACCUUAGCAUUUUGUGACUUUUGCCGAAAGCUGCUUUUCCAGGGUUUCCGCUGUCAAACAUGUGGUUAUAAGUUUCACCAGCGUUGUAGUACAGAGGUUCCACUGAUGUGUGUUAAUUAUGACCAACUUGAUUUGCUGUUUGUCUCCAAGUUCUUUGAGCAUCACCCAGUACCACAGGAGGAGGCCUUCUCAGCAGAGACUACCCUUCCAUCUGGAUGCUCUUCCGCACCCCCCUCAGACUCUAUUGGGCCCCAAAUCCUCACCAGUCCAUCUCCUUCAAAAUCCAUUCCAAUUCCACAGCCCUUCCGGCCAGCAGAUGAAGAUCAUCGCAAUCAGUUUGGGCAACGAGACCGCUCCUCCUCCGCUCCCAAUGUUCAUAUAAACACAAUCGAACCUGUCAAUAUUGAUGAUUUGAUUAGAGACCAGGGGUUUCGUGGGGAUGGAGCCCCUUUGAACCAGCUGAUGCGCUGUCUUCGGAAAUACCAAUCCCGGACUCCCAGCCCCCUCCUCCAUUCUGUCCCCAGUGAAAUAGUGUUUGAUUUUGAGCCUGGCCCAGUGUUCAGAGGGUCAACCACAGGCUUGUCGGCCACCCCACCUGCCUCAUUACCUGGCUCACUCACUAACGUGAAAGCCUUACAGAAAUCUCCAGGACCUCAGCGGGAAAGGAAGUCCUCCUCCUCCUCCUCCUCCACGGAAGACAGAAGUCGGAUGAAAACACUUGGUAGAAGAGAUUCAAGUGAUGAUUGGGAGAUUCCUGAUGGACAGAUUACAGUGGGACAGAGAAUUGGAUCUGGGUCCUUUGGAACUGUCUACAAGGGAAAGUGGCAUGGCGACGUGGCAGUGAAAAUGCUGAAUGUGACAGCACCCACACCUCAGCAGUUACAGGCCUUCAAAAACGAAGUCGGAGUACUCAGGAAAACUCGACAUGUGAACAUCCUCCUUUUCAUGGGCUAUUCUACAAAGCCACAGCUGGCUAUUGUUACACAGUGGUGUGAAGGCUCCAGCUUAUAUCACCAUCUCCACAUCAUUGAGACCAAAUUUGAGAUGAUCAAACUUAUAGAUAUUGCACGGCAGACUGCACAGGGCAUGGAUUACUUACACGCCAAGUCAAUCAUCCACAGAGACCUCAAGAGUAAUAAUAUAUUUCUUCAUGAAGACCUCACGGUAAAAAUAGGUGACUUUGGUCUAGCCACAGUGAAGUCCCGAUGGAGUGGGUCCCAUCAGUUUGAACAGUUGUCUGGAUCUAUUUUGUGGAUGGCACCCGAAGUAAUCAGAAUGCAAGAUAAAAACCCAUAUAGCUUUCAGUCAGACGUGUAUGCAUUUGGGAUUGUUCUGUAUGAACUGAUGACUGGUCAGCUACCUUAUUCAAACAUCAACAACAGGGAUCAGAUAAUUUUUAUGGUGGGACGAGGAUACCUAUCUCCAGAUCUCAGUAAGGUACGGAGUAACUGUCCAAAAGCCAUGAAGAGAUUAAUGGCAGAGUGCCUCAAAAAGAAAAGAGACGAGAGACCACUCUUUCCCCAAAUUCUCGCCUCUAUUGAGCUGCUGGCCCGCUCAUUGCCAAAAAUUCACCGCAGUGCAUCAGAACCCUCCUUGAAUCGGGCUGGUUUCCAAACAGAAGAUUUUAGUCUGUAUGCUUGUGCUUCUCCAAAAACACCCAUCCAAGCAGGGGGAUAUGGAGAAUUUGCAGCCUUCAAGUAGCCACUCCAUCAUGGCAGCAUCUACUCUUUAUUUCUUAAGUCUUGUGUUCAUACAAUUUGUUAACAUCAAAACACAGUUCUGUUCCUCAAAUUUUUUUUUAAAGAUACAAAAUUUUCAAUGCAUAAGCUCGUGUGGAACAGAAUGGAAUUUCCUAUUCAACAAAAGAGGGAAGAAUGUUUUAGGAACCAGAAUUCUCUGCUGCCCGUGUUUCUUCUUCAACACAAAUAUCACGUGCAUACAACUCUGCCCAUUCCCAAGAAGAAAGAGGAGAGACCCCGAAUUCUGCCCUUUUGGUGGUCAGGCAUGAUGGAAAGAAUUUGCUGCUGCAGCUUGGGAAAAUUGCUAUGGAAAGUCUGCCAGUCAACUUUGCCCUUCUAACCACCAGAUCCAUUUGUGGCUGGUCAUCUGAUGGGGCGAUUUCAAUCACCAAGCAUCGUUCUUGCCUGUUGUGGGAUUAUGUCGUGGAGCACUUUCCCUAUCCACCACCGUUAAUUUCCGAGGGAUGGAGUAAAUGCAGCAUACCCUUUGUGUAGCACCUGUCCAGUCCUCAACCAAUGCUAUCACAGUGAAGCUCUUUAAAUUUAAGUGGUGGGUGAGAGUUGAGGAGAGACUGCCUUGGGGGCAGAGAAAAGGGGAUGCUGCAUCUUCUUCCUCACCUCCAGCUCUCUCACCUCGGGUUGCCUUGCGCACUGGGCUCCGCCUAACCACUCGGGCUGGGCAGUGCUGGCACACAUUGCCUUCUUUUCUCAUUGGGUCCAGCAAUUGAGCAGAGGGUUGGGGGAUUGUUUCCUCCACAAUGUAGCAAAUUCUCAGGAAAAUACAGUCCAUAGCUUCCUCUCAGCUCUUCCAGUCACCAAAUACUUACCGUGGCUCCUUUGUCCGGGACAUAAAACACCGUGGACAGCACCUAAUUAAAAGCCUACAAAACUGCUUACUGACAGUUUUGAAUGUGAGACAUUUGUGUAAUUUAAAUGUAAGGUACAGGUCUUAAUUUCUGAGUUUCUUCUAUUUUUAUUUAAACGAAGAAAAUAAUUUUCAGGUUUAAUUGGAAUAAAUGAAUACUUCCCAAAAGACUAUAUACCCUGAAAAUUAUAUUUUUGUUAAUUGUAAACAACUUUUAAAAAAUGGUUAUUAUCCUUUUCUCUACCUAAAAUUAUGGGAAAUCUUAGCAUAAUGACAAUUAUUUAUACUUUUUAAAUAAAUGGUACUUGCUGGAUCCACACUAACAUCUUUGCUAACAUUCCCAUUGUUUCUUCCAACUUCACUCCUACACUACAUCCUCCAUCCUCUUUCUAGUCUUUUAUCUAUAAUAUGCAACCUAAAAUAAAAGUGGUGGUGUCUCCAUUCA